UUCAUUUUCUGCAAUCCGAAAAGCUUUAGAUGCUGUAAUAACAGCAAUGGAAAGUUCGAAGAGUUUGGUCGUUUUAAAUCCAGAGAGUUCUGUUAUUCCUGUGAAGUCCAGCAUGAUGGAGCUUCAACAUGAUGCUUCAACAGCGACGUUGCAAAUUGCUACGAGAAAACGAAGAUGGCAACAAAAGAGGGAAGCUGUCUCAAAUCAAAAUAGGAAACGCAUGAAGAAAACAUGUAUAUUUUGUAACGGGGAGCACUAUAGUGAAGAUUGCACCAAAUUCAACACCUAUAAGGAAAGGAUCGGGAAACUGCAAGACAGGUGCUACGUUUGCUUUCAAAUAGGGCAUCGUGCCUCCAGAUGUACCAGGAGGAGGAAGUGUGUGCAUUGCUCAAAGAUGCACAAUAGAGCAUUGUGUCGACAAAAGGUGCAGCGGGACAGCUGUAACCCAAGUAAGGACAGCGGAGGGGAGAAGUCUACACAUUAGACUUUUACUUGAUUCGGGAAGCCAACGUACCUACAUCACAAACAAAAUAGCUAAAUUACUACAUAUCAAACCUGACGGAGAAGAUUGUCUAAUGAUUUAUACAUUUGGAUCAGAGAAGCCUAGAGAAAUGCUUUGCCCAUAUGCAACCAUUACUAUAGUAAGUAAACGUAAUGUUGAAAGAAUGAUUAGAGUGAAUAUAGUCCCAUACAUCACUACAAAGGUACCAAUGGCUAUGAUAGAGUCACCGAUGAUAGACAUCUUGGCUGACGAUACUUCUACUGGUGAAGGCAUUGAUUUAUUGAUUGGAAAUGACUUAUACUUUUCAUUCAUCAGAAAGAGUGUUGACUUGGGGAAUAACACCUUUCUAGUAGAUUCUGAUUUUGGCUGGUUUCUCGCAGGAAGUGCUACCAACAACACGGAAGGGGACAUUCUAUCUGUGGCUACGUAUUGCCAGUGCCAUGAUAUUAAUCAAGACCAUUUUACAGAACCAGAUCUUCCCCUGCGUACCAUAGACGUCAAAUUCUUAUGGUCACUUGAGAGCAUCGGGAUAUGUGAUUCUCCAAAAACUACAUGUGAGGAAGAAGCUGUUCAGCACUUCAACAAGACUGUCAAAUACAGUGAAGGAAGGUACCAGGUCAAGUGGCCAUGGAUAGAGUAUCCACCAAAAUUGCCUACCAAUUUCGGACUUGCCUUUGGUAGAUUAAAGGGUGUAUUGCGAAGAUCAAAUAAAGAAGAUAAAACAGAAUAUGAGAAAAUCUUAAAGGAACAGUUGGAAGCUAACAUAAUAGAAAUUGUGGAUCCUUCCACUCAAGUCGACCAUCCUGUUCACUAUCUACCUUUUCAUAUGGUUCAACAGAAAGGAAAAAGGGGCAGACUGGUCUAUGAUGCUUCAGCUAAGUUAAAAAACGAGAAAAGCUUGAAUGAGUGCCUGUACAGGGGCCCAAACAUGCUGGAAGACUUGACAGGAUUGCUGCUGAAAUUUAGGAUUGGGAAGAUUGCUGUCACUGCAGAUGUUGAAAAAGCAUUUCUUCAAGUUGGUCUACAGAAAGAGGACAGAGACGUGACCAGGUUUCUCUGGGUCAAAGAUUUGGACAAAGAACUGGCUGAAGACAACAUCGUUCAAUACAGAUUCUGCAGAGUCACUUUCGGGGUAAUAUCAAGCCCUUUCCUCUUAGCAGCAACAAUUCGAUACCACAUUUCAAGGACUAACAAGAGUCUGCUUCCAGUGAUAGCGGAUAAAUGUUAUGUAGACAAUUUGGUGACUUCGGUUCAGUCAAGAGAAGAGGCUCUCAAAUUGUAUGCUCAAACUAGAAACUCAUUCAAUGAAUUAGGAAUGAACAUACGAGAUUGGAUGUCGAACGAUAAAGAGUUCAUGGACAAGAUUCCCAAGCAAGAGAGAGCUAAACCAGAAAGUGAAAUGAAAAUCCUCGGGUUGGUAUGGAAUUUGGAAAAUGAUACUUUACGUCUCAAUCUGAAUAACGAUACUUUUGAAAGUGAGACUGUAGACAGGGGCAUUACAAAGAAAGGAGUCUUGAGAAUGCUAGCGCGUCUGUAUGACCCAUGUGGAUUCGUAUCCCCACUCGUGCUACCGGGAAAACUCUUGUUCCAGGAGAUCUGUACUAGGAAGUUCAAAUGGGAUGAGAUUCUGCCUGAAGACUUGUUGACAUCAUGGAGGAACAUAAUUAAAGAUUUAAAAGCUGUUAACGAAGUAGAACUGCCCCGACAUGUUACAAGUGGAGUAAAGCCGGGUUGUACUAAGUACGAACUACAUUGCUUCACUGACGCGUCAAUGAAUGCAUAUGCAGCAGUCGUCUACUUGCGUGUCAUAACUGAAGAGCAUGUAUCAACUUCGUUUCUUAUGUCUAAGUGCAGAAUAACCCCGGCAGAAGACAAGAGCGAUCUCAAAAUUCCUAGACUUGAAUUGCUAGGGUGUCUGAUAGGAAGUAGACUUCUGAAGUAUGUCAAAAGCCACCUAGACCUAAAUAUAUGCAAGAUAUAUUUGUGGACGGAUAGUCAAUGUGAGAAAUAUGCCGGAGGUCCUUACAAACUGUCACCACCACCUGCACUACCCAGUGAAAGGGUUAACUAUAGUUCUCCAUUUACCUUCACUGGAUUAGACUACCUCGGACCGGUUUUAGUGGAGACAAAUACUGGCAGAGAAAAACGAUGGAUUUGUCUUAUGACAUGCCUAGCAGUUCGUGCUGUACAUUUGGAGUUGGUCAAGGCUUUGACAGCUGAGGAGUGUUUGCUAGCGAUACGGCGUUUCGUAGCUGCCAGAGGACCACCUAAAGUAUUGAUAUCUGACAAUGCACUACAGUUCAAGCUGACGAGUGAAGUACUGAUCAAGUCAUACUGCCAGGAGAAACAUAUCAAAUGGAAAUUCAUUACGCAGCUUGCACCCUGGCAAGGCGGUUUCUAUGAACGUUUAGUUGGACUGGUGAAACACUGCUUGAAGCGCACACUUGAUAAGCAUUUAUUAACUGAUGGUCAAAUGCAGACAGUAGUGAAGGAGAUUGAGGCUGUCUUGAACACUAGACCUUUGACUGCAGUGGGUUCUGACCCAGAGGCAGUGCUGCGGCCAGCAGAUUUUCUAUCCCUAGGUGAGUGCCUAGAGAUAAACUCAGAACUUUGCGAAGGAACCUCACAAGGCACCAAUACGAAAGUCGACUUGGUCGAAGGCUGGAAGAGAGGUCAGAGGAUACUUAACGAAUAUAAAGAGAUGUUCACCAACCAAUACCUACCAAGUCUGCGGGAUAGAUUCAGCCACUCUCAUAAAUAA